AUGAGAACAAUACUUGCUUUGAUUCUGCUAGUAUGGAUUCCGUCGUCUAAACAAAUCAAUCCACCAUUAGGAACGUCCAGUGUGACGUUUGUAUUCGAUGUCACUGGUUCUAUGCAUGACGAUCUUUUGCAAGUUAUUCAAGGCGCAACGCAUAUCUAUAAUGCAACUCUUCGACGAGAACAGUCAAUCUAUGACUAUAUUCUCAUUCCGUUUGCUGAUCCGGACGUUGGACCCGUAUUGAAAACACGUGAUUCGACACGCUUUCAACGUGGUCUACAGGAGCUGAUUGUACAAGGUGGUGGUGACUGUCCGGAAAUGACGAUAACAGCCAUUAAAUUAGCUUUGGAACAAUCAUUACCCAAUUCUUUCAUCUAUGUGUUUACAGAUGCUCGUUCAAAAGAUUAUAAGUUAGGUGAUAUUGUAUUGAAAUUGAUUCAAGAAAAGCAGAGUCAAGUUGUUUUUGUUAUGACUGGUGAUUGCGGUGAUCCAAAUCAUGUUGGCUAUCAGAUAUUUCAUAAAAUCGCUGCGACUAGUAGUGGACAAGUAUUUACUUUGCAUAAGAAACAAGUCAGCGAGAUUCUUAACUUUGUUCAAUACACGACUCAAACACGGAAAGUUAAUCUCUUGGUUAUCGAUCGAAUGAAGCGAAAUAAAGAAAAUUACAUACUGGCUGUUGAUUCGAAACUUGUAGAAUUUACAAUAUCAGUGAGUGGUUCAAAUCCGCAAGUGAUUCUAGUUGAUCCGACAAACAAAACAUUGAAUCCACGGGAUUGGUUUACCCGUCUUUUACGUCUGAAAGAGGUUUAUAUUCUCAAUAUUAAACAUCCGAUGAUUGGCCAAUGGCACAUUCAAGUAACAUCUUCAUCUGCACAUUCGAUUCGAAUCACAGGCCUCAGUCGAUUGACAUUUCGACAUGGGUUUUCAAUGGAUCCAACGAUAGAUUUGAUUCGAACACGGCGACAACCGAUUCAAGGUUCGCUAACUCAUCUAAUCGUGGAAGUCAACCAUAUGGAUGACAUCCGUCAUGCUGAACAGAUUGAAUUAGUCGAUCUAUUUGGUAAUGUUCUUGUGCAGGAACCUAUCCGAGUCAAUCCACAACUACCAACAUUCUAUUCUACGAUGAAUAAAUUCCAACCACCUGUUCACAGUUCGUUCUUCUAUAUUCGAUUAACUGGUAUUGACAGUGAUGGUCAUCGUUUUCAACGAUUGAGCUCAACAGCUUUAACAUCUUACGUCCCAUUGAAACCAGUUGUUAACGUCGAGAUGAAUUCUAUUCAGAUUCCAUCGAAUAUUCCAACAAAACUUCGAUGUCAUGUUCAAAGUCAACUUUCAUAUCAAGUGAAAUGGUUCAAGAACGGACAAUUGAUUUUAACAUCCAAUCAUCCUGCUGAUAUAACAACAGUCGAGUAUCCCAUCAAUCAACCAUUGGAAACUGAUGACGAAGGAUUGUAUCUUUGUAAUGCGACAAGUACAAGUGGUUUUGAUAUUGGAGAGAUUCAAGUUGAUGUACUCGCUGCACCGCCGGUGGUUCAGACUAUACCGUCAAAAUCUUUAUUUGCAUUGAUCAAUAGUACAGUGAUGAUUGACUGUCUUGUGCAACAAGAUACAAAGGAUUAUGAUCUAAUAUGGAAACAAGAUCUAUCUUCGUCGGUAUUAGUUGAACUACGAGAAGAUCGAACGAGUAUUUAUGAAAAUGGCACAUUAGAAAUCCGAGAAAUAUUUAGAAAUAUUCAAAAAUCGGACGAUGGAUCUGUUUUUGUCUGCGUAGUAAAGAAUGAAGGUGGCGAAACACAAGAACGAAUUACAAUACACGUCCAAGAAAUUCCACACGUUUAUAUAUAUCCUCAAACGAUUACAUAUUCACAUCAUUGGAACAUUACAUUGUCAUGUAUCGUUAUGAAUGGCAUACCUCGUCCAUUAUUGAUAUGGCGACGACAAAAUAAUGAGAAUCCAAUUGAACAGUCAUCAACGAUACGAAGUCAUAAUGGUGUAUUAAACAUUAUGACGGCAACCAAAGCUGAUGAAGGUUUCUACGAAUGUAUUGGAAGUAAUACUGCAGGAGAAGAUAUUAAAACAGCACAAUUGAUUUAUGCUGACCCACCGAUGGUAUCAACAGAUAAUUCUCAUAUACUUAUUUCUCCAGGAGACAAUGUCGAUUUGAUAUGUAAUGUUCCAGGUGAAACUUUUCCUGAUGUGAGAUGGUUUAAAUCGAAUGAAUUGGUCACUCGUCAUCGAACCAAUGAAAAUGGGUAUUUGGAAAUAAGAAAUGCUGUUGAGAACGAAGAUAGUGGAAAUUAUUCAUGUUUGGUUCAAAAUACUGUCGGAUCAUCGUCAGUAUCGAUUCGGCUCGACAUUGGACUUAAACCAACAAUAAAUAUUCCCAAAGACUCCAUUCAAGUUGAAGUCGGAGAACAAAUUGAACUCUUCUGCGAUAUAUAUGGCGUUCCCAAACCUCAAAUAGUCUGGUUUCAUAACAAAACACAUCGUCUAUUGGAUCAGAAUGAUCGAACGGAAGUUCUAAUUGUCAAUGCUCAAGAACAUCAUGCAGGCGUUUAUACAUGUCUGGCUAUGAAUUUGUUUGGCAACACGAGUGCUGAUAUUUAUUUAAAUGUGACAAUGAUUCCACGUUUCACUUUCGAAGCGCAAAGAUUUCUCAAUGGAAUAAUAUCGAAACCAUUGCUGCUACCUUGUAACCAUAUUGGUUUACCAAAACCAACGGUGAAAUGGUUCAAAGAUGAUCAAGAAUUAGUUGUCGAAGAGAAUAGAAUGAUGAUCGAUUCGACAGGUUCAUUAAAUAUCAAUUCAUUGGAUACCGGAGAUCGUGGUUCAUUUAUCUGUGAGAUUAGUAAUGUAAUUGGACAUGCAAAACAGCAGUAUCAAGUCGAUGUUUACGAGCCGCCUAGUUCAGCAGAUGAUUUCGCUGAACGUGAACUCGACGUCAAUGUUUACGACUCAGUUCUACUUCCUUGCUCGGUUACUGCUCAUCCGCCUCCCAUCAUCACUUGGUUUCGUCAAAACAUUCCAAUAGAUCCCAAUGAUGAUAUCAAUACGUAUCUCCAUGAAAAUGGUUCCUUAGAAAUUCGAAAAGCCGAACUGGUCUAUAACGAUCAAUAUCAUUGCACAGCCACAAAUCCAGCUGGAACGAUUACUCAUCACGUUAAGCUAAGCAUCAAUAUUCCACCUUCAAUUACUGGUGCGGAAGAAGAAACAUUCGUUCAAGCACCAGUGAAUACGUCUAUUACUCUGAUUUGUCCAACUAUUGGCACGCCACAGCCGGCUAUUCAAUGGUUCAAAGCUGGUCGUCAACUGCCAAUUUUUGAUAUCAAUGAUCAAUAUAUCAUACCAAGUAUCAAACCAAUCGAUGAAGGAAUGUAUCGUUGUGUAGCGACAAACAAAGCUGGAUCAGCUCAACGUCUAUUCAAUGUAUCUGUUUAUCUAUCACCUUAUUUUGAAAAUCAAUCGGAAAAUCAUACUCGUCUUCAAAAGAAAUCUGCUAUCAUUAACCAUACAUUAGUUUUAAUAUGUCCAGCUAUUGGUUUACCAAAACCAAAAAUCCAAUGGUUCUAUAAUGGACACGAUAUUUCAUCGAAUAAAAAACAUAUUUAUAUGAAACACAAUGGAAAAAAAUUGAUUAUAACUAGAAUCAAAUCGGAAGACGAAGGUCGAUAUGUUUGUCAAGCAACAAAUACCAUUGGAUCAAUCGAUAUCGUUUACGAUGUUAAUGUGAUGGUUCCUCCGAAGUUUACGCAUGACAACAACGGCAUAUUUGCAAAAGAGCAGUUCUAUAAAGCUGGCGAGUACUUGCGUUUACCUUGUUCGGCAGAAGGAAAACCAAUUCCUAAGAGACGAUGGUUUUUCAACGGAAGGAGUCUUGUUGAUCUAGCUCGUAUUCGAACUGUCUACGAUGGUCUAUAUAUUGAAAUUGAACAUGUAACAUUGAACGAUGCUGGUCGUUAUACAUGUACUGUUGAAAAUCCGGCAGGCCGAGCUGAAAAUCAUAUUGAUGUCGAUGUCGCAGUUCCUCCAAUAUUUAAUGACUCUUUAACACAAGUGAAAUUGCACGCGUUGAUUAAUUCAUCGGUUUCAUUACCUUGCUCUGUAUAUGGCUUUCCAAAACCUAGUGUCACAUGGUCAUUCGAAACUAAUACUGUUUUGGAACCAGAACGUGAAGAGGAAUAUGUUAUCGAUCAUGUUCAAGCCAAUCAUACAGGCAUCUAUGAAUGUACAGCAAAGAACAGAGCUGGUGAAAUUCGAAAACGGUUUUUAUUAGAAGCUUAUGCACCACCGUCUAUAAAUAUGAACAAUGAAACUAAUCGUUUGAUUAUUCGUCGCAAUGGAAGUUUACAUCUUCAAUGUCCAACCAGUGGACAUCCAAUUCCAAUUACUCGUUGGUUUAAGAAUGAAAUCGAAAUGUAUGGAAUUGAGAAAGAAUUGAUAAUUCCUGCAGUUGACAGGCAAGAUGCUGGACUCUAUUCAUGCUUAGUUUCGAAUAAUAUCGGUACCGAUCGUCGAUAUUUUAACAUUAUCAUUUCUGGACCACCGGAAAUUCUCCGCAGUCAUAUCAACACUCAUCCAAGUGUUGUUCGUGGCUCAUCGAUAACUCUUUCGUGUCCUUAUACUACCGAACGUUCAUCACUGAUUACAAUUAUAAAUACGACGUGGAUUCCACCUUCGUUUCAAACUGAACACGAAUUGACUCGGCAAUUGUUACAACUAAAUGAUAAUCAAUUGAUUAUACCCAACGUACAAAUUGAAGAUGGUCAAAUCUGGAAAUGUAUCGUUGCGAAUGAAUAUGGUUCUGAUUCACUUGAAUUUCAAUUAGAAGUCUUGGUCCCACCUGACAUUGUUCAUGAAGAAACAGAAGAGUUGUUUCAAGUUGAAAGUAAUCAUACCGUUCAACUGACGUGUCAAACAUUCGCACAUCCACCAGCCACUAUCGAAUGGCGUAAAAAUGGCCUUGCAAUCGAUCGUACUAAAUAUUUAAUAACGAAGAUCAAUCACACAGAAAUUCUUCAAGUAGCAGUCAAUAACGAACACGAUGGUGGAACGUAUACUUGCAUAGCAUCGAAUUCGAUUGGCAAAAGUGAAAAACAAUUUUUAGUCGAUAUACUUCUUCCACCAACAUUCGAUUACGUUCCCACAAGUCGACAUAAGAUUCAAUUGAAUCGUACCUAUACAUUACCGUGCUUAGUCAAAGGUAUGCCAAGACCAACGAUUAAAUGGUUGAAGAAUGGAAAAAAGUUUGAUAUUGAUAACAAACGAGUAGAAUUAUUUCGAGAUGAUCAGUAUCUCGAAAUUCGAUAUGUGAACGAACGUGAUGCAGGAAAUUAUACAUGUAUCGCUGAAAAUAUAGCAGGAAAAGCUAAACAUCGAGUAGAAUUACAAGUUUUGGUUCCACCACGAUUCGGAAAUGAUCAAACAAAUAUCGAGGCUAUUUUCAAUUCGACAAUCAAUUUAACUUGUACAACGUAUGGAAAUCCGAAACCAAUCAUUGUUUGGUUGAAAGAAGGUCGUCAUCUGCAGUACGGCAGUCAUUAUCUACCUGUAGCACUUUCAUCUAUACAAAACGAUGGACGAAUGAUUUAUACAUGCAUUGCAUCGAAUGAGGCAGGAAAUAUCGAACAACACUAUCGAAUCAAUCGACUAGUACCGCCGAUGAUCGAGUCGAUAUCGAUUGCUCCAACGGCAACGCCCAUUGCUGGAAAUCACUUUACUUUGGACUGUAAUGCAAAUGGUAUACCUGAACCAGUGAUAUCUUGGUAUUUUAAUAAUCAACGAUUAUCAUCAGGACAUAAUCGGUAUUACCAAGUCAUUCGUGCUUCAUUGAAUGAUACAGGAAUAUACACAUGUCUGGCAGAAAAUAAGAUUGGUUCAACAAAAAAAGAUAUCGAAAUCAAUAUUCUCCUACCGCCAGCAAUAUUGAACAAUGGGCCAAUGAUAAAUGAAAUAACAAAAUUAAAAGGCGAAUCUUUAAUUUUAACUUGUUUACUUCAUGCUGUUCCAUUGCCUACGAUAGUCUGGACGAAAAAUGAUCAAAUUCUAUCUGAUUUUGAAAGAAUAUCAAUUAGAGAUUCGAAUAUGAAGUUAUACAUCGAAAAUAUCUCUUUGAUCGAUCGUGGUCGGUAUCAAUGUCAUGCCGAAAACUUAGCUGGUCGUUCUCAACAGAUAUUUGACAUUCAAGUUUACGCACCACCGGAAGUUCAAUUAGCAAAUAUUAAUCGAAAUCCGUACGUCAUCCUUGGAAAGAAUAUUAUAUUAUCUUGUCAUGGAUUUGGUGUACCGGAGUUAAAUUAUCAGUGGUUCAAAGAUGAGAAGAACCUUGUCGAAUCCUACUCUUAUGCAAGAUUGUUAGGAAAUGGAGAUAAACUACAGAUUGAUUCGGCACAUUUGUCCGACGCAGGUUUCUACACGUGCCAUAUGUCGAAUGUAGCUGGUCAAUUGAAUUUAACUUAUCAGGUGGAUGUAUUCACACCACCGACCAUUGAUCGAUCAAAUUUGGUAGAGAUUUAUCAAGUAAAAUCGAAUCAAACGGCUCGUUUGGAAUGUCCAAUGCAUGGUAAACCAACUCCGAACAUAAUGUGGCUGAUGAAUGGUCGGGAUAUGAAAACCAACCAUGAACGAUACGAAUUACUCGAAGAAAAUCGUGUCUUGGUUAUUCAAUCAGUUAAUGUCAAUGAUCAUGCUCGUUAUACGUGUAUCGGUACAAAUAUUGCCGGCGAAUUGUCCAAUCAUAUUGAAUUGCAAAUUUUCGUUCCACCGGUAAUACAACGUGAACCAAAUGAAGAUAAUGUGACAGUCAUUCAACAUCAUCAUAUUGCAUUGACCUGCACAGCUAACGGAGAUCCAUGGCCUUCAGUAUCAUGGGAAAAAGAUGGUUUGCCCGUCGACCGAACUAGCGCGCGAUACAGAAUUGGUCCUGGUGGUUCACAGUUACUCAUUAUCCAAGCGGAUCCAACUCAAGCUGGAAUUUAUACAUGUUUAGCCUAUAGUAAAGCUGGUGAAGCCAAGCAACACUUUCGUUUGACAGUCUUAGUUCCUCCGCGAAUUCAACGAGAAAAUACAUCCUAUCUCGUUACUUCUCCAAAACCUAUUGAACUUCCUUGCCGUGUAAUUCAAGGACAUCCGAUUCCUAUCGUGAAAUGGUUCCAUAAUAACAUUGAAUUGAAUAUAAUCGAAGGUAGCGGUGAUUUCAAAUAUAAACUCACCUCGUUCAAUAGUUUAUUACUUCUUCAUACGACGAAACUCGAUCAUGGCAAAUAUCAAUGUUUGAUUAUGAACGAUGCUGGACAAGAUUUUAUCGAUCUGCAUUUGGAUGUGAAUGUUCCACCGAUAGUUACAGUUGAAAGCAGUGAAAUCAUUGGUAUUGUCAACAAACCUAUUACACUUAAUUGUCACGUAGAUGGUUACCCUCUUCCAUUUAUUUACUGGACUAAAUCUGGUCGUUCAAUCGAUACACAACCAGGCUUUCAAAUCUUGAAUAAUGGUUCAUUAAGGAUUCAUCAUUUACAAGUUCAACAUACGGGCUACUAUUUAUGUUGGGCGGAAAACCUUGUUCACCGAACACAUGCACAGAUUCGUUUAGAAGUUCAAGUUCCCCCUUCGAUUGAUCAAAUUGAACGACAUUAUACAGGUAUUAUUGGGCAAUCAGUGAAACUAUCUUGUCAAGCUAAUGGUAUUCCCAUACCGGUAAUAACUUGGCAUGGAAUAUAUAAUGUAUCGGGAACAGCUAUUGUUGAUUCAUUUGGGAAUCUAUAUAUUGAUCAACUAGAGAAAAAUCAUGCAGGUGAACUGCUGUGUUCCGCCCAUAAUGCAAUCGGACAAACAACAAAACAAUUUAGUCUAAGUGUUCUAGAUAAUCAAGUUACAACAACGGUCGCCUAUGAGAUACAAUCGAAUCCACUACCUUUUCUUGUUAUAUCACCGAAAAACUUAACUCUUGAUUAUGGAGACUCGCUGGAAUUAAUUUGCCAAACGAAUCUCAUUAGUCCGUUAGACAUUCAAUGGUUACACAACGGUCAUUCAAUAGAUAAUAUUCAAUAUUUGACACAUUUCUACGAUAGAAAUGUUCUUCGAAUUAAUAAAGCUGCCGAUGAACACACGGGAGUGUAUCAAUGUUUUGCGAAUAACUCGUCAAAUCAACAAUUUAUCAUUUCUUCGCCUGUGACAGUUACCGUUCGACCUCAUCCACAAAGCCACAACCGUGCUGUAAUGGCGGGUCAUCGUCUAAUCCUCUCCUGUGAAAUCGAUUCGAUCAUCAAUAACAAUUUCCUUGGUAUUAUCGAAUGGUUUCAUAAUGGUUUACCAUUGAAAGUCAAUUCCGAGAAUCGAAAUCGAAUUGAUUACCGAAACGGAACAUUAAUCAUCGAGCAGACAUCAGCAUCCGAUUCAGGCGUCUAUAAAUGUCUAUUUCGAAAUGGAAAUGGUACGCGUACAGAAUCCUAUCAUUCAAUCAAUAUUUUCACACGACCGGCAUUUACCAUUAAACUUCCGCGAGUAGCACAGCAACUCGUGACUGGUUCAAUGCUCUUGCUCAAUUGUCUUGCUGACGCAUGGCCAGAACCCGUAUUAAAAUGGUCUAAAAAUGGAAGUGCCCUUGAAGGAAUUGACGGUGUUCGCUUGCAAAUACUUUUUAAUAAUUCAUUAAAAAUCGACCCGGUGGAAUUGUCUGACACUGGGCGUUAUACAUGUUCAGCGGAAAAUACUUUAGGCAUCGCAACAACAACGUGUGAUGUGAUUGUUCACGAUAUUUUGCCAACGACAACAACGAUCCGUCAUCUCCAGGGUGAAAUAAAAAGAAUUAAUAUUGAUCAUAUUGUCCUUCAUUGGAAUUCAAUUUUGAAAAAAUCAACAUUCUAUCAAGUUCCAUUGAUACUUCAGUCAAUACUUCAAACAAACACCUUUUUCCUCUUUCCACCGUCUUGGUUUUUCUUAACGACAAACACAAACAAUUCUUUUCCAUAUUGUUCGAUUGAUGAUGCCUUCCAUCGGCAGAUCAAAGUUUCCUUUGCCGAUGGUUCACAUCUCCACAUCAUUGAAAAAGCAUCCGAUGAGUCUAUCCAAUUCAACGGUACCUAUCCCGAUGAUUAUCAGUUCGAACAAGAGAUAAUUCUCGCUGAAACAGUCGUUCAAACCCGGCGAGGUAUGCUAGUUGCUAGUAGAUAA